AGUCCCGGAUGCGAGAGCCGCUUCUCUUCUGCAUCCAUAUGCUCUCUCCUCCGCGCGCUUUCAUGUGAUUUGGGUGCUUUCUCCUACACAAGCAUUCGCAAAAAUGUUAUCCAUAGACUUUCUGGACGAUGUCCGUCGCAUGAAUAAGCGACAGCUCUAUUACCAGGUGCUGAACUUUGGUAUGAUUGUUUCUUCUGCUCUGAUGAUCUGGAAAGGACUGAUGGUUGUCACCGGCAGCGAGAGUCCCAUCGUUGUUGUUCUCAGUGGAAGUAUGGAGCCAGCUUUCCACAGAGGAGACCUCUUGUUCCUGACCAACCGGGUAGAAGAUCCUAUCAGAGUUGGCGAGAUUGUUGUCUUCAGGAUAGAAGGCAGAGAGAUCCCCAUAGUACACAGAGUCCUGAAGAUCCAUGAAAAGGAAAAUGGAGACAUUAAGUUCUUGACCAAAGGAGACAACAACGCAGUGGAUGACAGAGGGCUUUACAAGCAGGGCCAACACUGGCUGGAGAAGAAAGACGUGGUGGGACGAGCACGGGGGUUUGUGCCAUAUAUUGGAAUUGUAACCAUUCUCAUGAAUGAUUACCCCAAGUUCAAGUAUGCUGUGCUCUUCAUGCUGGGUCUCUUCGUCUUGGUCCAUCGGGAAUGAGGUGCCUAAAUUUCUGCCCUCGAGAAGGAUAAACAACGUCCAGGAAACCUCAGUCAUGCCUUUCAAAACAGAACUACAUUACACUUUGUCAAACCCAGCUGGCUUUUUUGUACAUUUUGUUUGAACAUUUUGUAGAACUAGGGUGUUUACAUAUGAAAAAUACAAGCUUUAAAAGUAUUUUUGUGAGAGAACUAGUUUUGGUUUAGUUUGAAAUUAAUCUUUAUUUGUAAUCUUAGAAUGUGCAGCCACAUUCUUGGAAACAAAUUCUUGUUUCUUUCUUAUUAAAUCCUUGUGAUCGAAAAAUAUGUUACGUAUUUUAUGACAAUUGAAUAUGAAUAUUAAAUAUGAAAUCUGGUUGCCAUCCACAAUGUAUUGUUUAAAUUUUUGCCUCCAUUUUAUUUGAGCCCUUAUUAAUAGAUCUCAGUUUUUAUGUAAAUGAGUCUAGUUCAUUCUCAUAAAACAGUAUUUCUUCUGUUUCCUGUGGUUUAUCAUUUCUGCAUAUGUUUUUGAAAGACCCCACGUGGGAACAUGAGUUUUGUAUCAUUGACACUGUUGAGGAAAUACAUUAAAAUCGAUCUUUUGAAGCAAUUU